ACUCCAGUGGACAGUAUCCUUGGCCUUGUCGAGGGUCAGAACGAAGGGCUGCGGGUAGGUAGCUGGAGGGUGCUCAACAGGGUACAGAAGGGACCCACCACUGAGCUCACUCUAGCGGUUGACCCGCACUCAGCGGAGACACUCGACAGGCUGGGAUACUUAGUCAAUUAUGGAUAUGGCAGGGUGCGCAUCCAUAAAAAAGGGAAGACGACUGAGUCGUCAGACCCGAAGGGUGCGCAGCCUGCUAUAGCCAGUUCCUCCUCCGCUGCACAAAGUGCGUGCUUCAAAGAGGGACCUUGCGGUUCCAAGGACGUACCCAAGGGACUGCAAAGGUUACCUUCAGAGCAGUCAGGGGCAGCGGAGAAGGAAAAAGCACCUGUCCAGGAGUCCAUAGAGCGGCCCUGCUGCUCAGAAGACACUCCUGGCACGGAAAAGAGGGUACCUUCCAGCCCAGAGAGAUCAAAGGCCCCUUUCGCCCAAAAUCCCUUCCGUCCUCCGCUAAAUGCGAGUCGGAGACAAGGUCGAGGGGAGAUUUCAAUGGAGGAGAAGACCCUGAUGGCCACCAAUAGGGGGAAAAAGAUGGCCAAGCGGGCUUCAAGGCCGAAAAAUGGCAAACCCCCCAAGCGAUAGGCCUAGGCACAUCAAGUGCCUGCAAGUGAACCUCCAUCAUGCAAAGGCGGCCUCUGACGUCUUAUGCAGGAGGUUCAAAACAGAACUCUUGGAUGUCGCAUUCAUCCAAGAACCGUGGGUUUUCGCCGGGGCUAUUAAAGGCCUAAACGACUGUGAUGAGUUGACACAACAGGACUUAGCUGCUGUAUGGACUAAAGUGCCCACUCAAAUGGGAGAACAAGAGGUCGUUCUCGCUUCAGCUUACCUCCCAGGCGACAGCUGUGAGAUGCCCACAAGGGAAGUAAUAGCCCUAGAGGAGUACUGCAGAAGGAGAAAGCUGAAACUAAUAAUGAGCUGUGACGCCAAUGCCCAUCACUGUGUUUGGGGCAGCUCGGACACCAAUUCUAGAGGUGAGUCAUUUCUUGAAUUUAUCACUAAGAACAACUUAUUUAUUCUUAACCGGGGUAAUGAGCCGACCUUUGUCAAUGCUAUAAGAGGGGAGGUUCUAGACUUGACAAUUUCCUCAACUAGCUUGUCGACCUUUAUCUCAAACUGGCAUGUCUCAAAUGAGGUAUCCAUGUCGGACCACCGGCAUAUUCGAUUCGAUAUAGAAGCCCAAAGACUCAAGAUAAUGGAGCGACUGAUUGAAUCCCUACUUAGGGAAUCGGUUGCAGACAAACUUAUGGCAUCGCAGCAUGCCUAUAUGAAGGGCAAAUCCACCGAAACAGCGCUGCACGAAAUCGUGUCGCAUAUUGAAAACAUCACACCUGAAGCAAUGACAUCAGCUGCAACGGGUCUGGGCAUCGACUUACAGCUGGUGUUGCUUAUACGACAGCUGCUGUUCCGUGCCAUAAGCAAUAAGAUUCUGAAGGUAGGGGAGUCCGAAAAAUAUCUGGGGGUAGUACUGGGCAAAAAGCUGAACUGGACACAGAAUAUUCAAGAGCGCAUUAAAAACGCGACGAUAGCCUUCUACAGCUGCAAGGAGGCGAUUGAGCGUAGCUGGGACUGUCCGAAAGCAUCAUUCUUAAAAUUAGUCAUAUGUGAGACUAAUGUUGCUGUUUAUAGACAAAAGCCUCAGUCGCGUAUUUAUGGUGGUCGAACGGCAGCAUCGGGACAAUUUCCAUAUCAGGUACUGCUAAAUUGUAGAGCAAAUGGUCAGAUAAGAACAUGUGGUGGCGCAAUUAUUUCGCGGAAUUACAUUUUGACGGCAGCGCAUUGUGUUGAAGAUUACGAGUAUACACCAGAGGAUAUAACUGUUCGUGCGGGCUCUGUCAUGUAUGAUGAAGGAGGCGUUUUAGAGGGUGUUUCGGAGGUGACAAUACAUCCACAAUAUCAUAAUUUUACCAACGAUAUCGCUAUACUAAAAUUGAAUAGCCCAUUGAAGUACAACGAGGCAAUAAAAUAUAUAAGACUUGGUAAAACGCAGGUUCCUGAAGGUGCGUCAGUUACCGUGAGUGGCUGGGGUCUAUCACCCGUUGGUACAUUGCCUGAGCAGUUAAAAUACAAUACGGAGUAUACUAUCAGCCAUGAGGAAUGUGAAAAUGCGAUAGAUACUUUGGCGCAAUCAAUGAGAUGCUUUAAAAAACGAGUAGGCAAUGGCAUCUGUGAAGGUGAUUCCGGCGGUCCGGCCGUUUAUGGCAGUGAUCUUAUAGGUGUGGCUGCAUUUACCGUGAAUGGUUGCGGCAGCAACUUGCCCGAUGUGUAUACGGAUGUGGUUCCUAAUAUUCCUGAGAGUCAAUGUCCUACACCAAGUACUGCAGUAAAAGAAAAUUCUUCAGAUUCUGAAGAUGAAGACUUUAUACCUCAUUUGCAUAUCGAACUAGAUGCCAAAGAAACGUUGGAAUAUUUUGACUUUGAAUAA